CCCCGGUGAGCUUGAGCUGAAAAUGGUUUGUGUGUCUUUAAGGCGCCAGACUGCCUCAUUCUCCAUUUGUGUUGUGCAGAAACUCAGGCCAUCGGAACGAAAGAUCGGUAUGAUUCCAUCCUGAAAAGUUGGGAGGAACAAAAGGGUUGAAAAAAACCUUUAUCAAUAAUUUCCAAAGAAACAAAAAAGACAUUGUAAAGGUUGUCAGAGAUUUGCACGGUGCAGCCGGAAUGAGGCCGAGCCACGCGCUUAUUCCUGCGUCAGCCGCGCUGCUCUACCUCCUCGCGGGGUUGUCACUGACCGCAGCCUGCAAUAAAGCGUUGUGUGCCAGUGACGUCAGCAAGUGUCUAAUUCAGGAGCUGUGCCAGUGCAGGCCGUUGGAUGGGAACUGCUCCUGCUGUAAGGAGUGCAUGAUGUGUCUGGGCACUCUGUGGGAGGAGUGCUGUGACUGCGUGGGAAUGUGUAACCCCAAAAACUUCAGCGACACACCAGCCUCAUCCAAGAGCACGGUGGAGGAGCUGCAGCAGCCAAUCCCCUCCCUGUUCCGUGCGCUCACGGAGGGCGACGCCCCCAUUAACAUGAUGGUGGUCUCCUUCCCUGUGGCCGAGGAGCUCUCUCACCACGAGAACCUCGUCUCCUAUCUGGAGACGCUCGACGACCAGCACCAGAACGUCUCUCUGCCUGGCAAUAGCAUCCACGCCAACUAUGACAGUACGCGAGAUAACAUGUGCACGGUGGUGUACUUUGACGACUGCGUGUCCAUCCGGCAGUGCAAGCUGUACUGCGAGUCCAUGGGCGGCUCCAAGUACCGCUGGUUCCACAACGCCUGCUGCGAGUGCAUCGGGCCCGAGUGCCUGGACUACGGAAGCAAGGCUGUCAAGUGCAUGAACUGCCUGUUCUGAGGCCUGGGACCCAGGGUCAG